CGUGGCUGAUUAAGAAGAGCGUGUUUCUGUUUAGUUACUGCGGCUGAGACUCGAGAGCAGAUUAGCAUCCUUCUUUGUACCUCAGCUCUCCACCAUUUUGUUGAGAUUUUUAGUCUUAACGGUAGAAAGUGGUCUAGAGAGGACCGGAUUUGAGCUGUGCGGCAACGAGGCUUUUGUUUGCUGCGAAACAGGGCAGCUUCGCGUCGCCCUUUUUAGAGCUAUCUUCUGAUAGUUCUAGGGCCGGGCAAACCCUCGUUUUUACAGGUUUUAUCUUGGAAUUUUAAUUCAGCCGUGUUGUUUGUUUAUCAGCGGGGUCCUGGAUCGGGUAAAGCGGGAGCAACCGGCAGUCUGUAGAAAACCGGUCGGUUGAUUCACCUCCUUAGCCGCAUUUCUAUUGUUUUGACUCCCGGCUUUAAUCCCGACGUUUUACCCGAACCCGGAUCCCGCGCUCUCUUCUAAAUCUCCCACCAAACACACCGUAGUUAGUGUUAGCUUUUACCUGUUUUAACAAUCAUAUUAGAAAUGUGCUCCCGGGUGUGGUUCGUAACCGACCGGCGCAUCAGCCAGGAGUAUCCUCAAGUUCAGAUCCUCCGGGCUCUGAAGGAGCGAUGCGUCGAGGAUGAGGUGGAAUUCCGCUAUCUGUUAAUGGACGAGAUCGUUAUCACCAUCACCGAUGGACAACUGGGUCUGCGCGUGGGACAAGAGAUGGUCACGUCGUACCCGCAGGUGACUGUGGUGCGUGUUCCAACUCCAUGGGUACAAUCUGAUAGUGACAUAACCGUUCUGAGGCACCUGGAGAAGAUGGGCUGUCGUCUGGUGAACCGACCUCAAGCGAUUCUCAACUGUGUUAACAAGUUUUGGACCUUCCAGGAGCUCGCUGGACACGGAGUCCCCCUGCCAGAUACAUAUUCCUAUGGUGGCCACGAUAACUUCUGUAAGAUGAUUGACGAGGCAGAGCCACUGGGUUACCCUGUUGUGGUGAAAAAUGCUCGUGGGCAUAGAGGUAAGGCUGUGUUUCUAGCACGGGAUAAGCACCACCUGUCUGACCUGUGCCACCUGAUCCGGCACGAGGCUCCGUACCUGUUCCAGGAGUACGUGAAAGAGAGUCACGGGCGAGACGUGCGUGUGGUGCUGGUGGGCGGCAGAGUGAUCGGAUCCAUGCUGCGCUGCUCUACAGACGGACGCAUGCAAAGCAACUGCUCCCUAGGUGGUGUGGGUGUGAUGUGCCCUCUGAACGAGCAGGGCAAGCAGCUUGCCGUGCAGGUGUCCAACAUUUUAGGCAUGGACGUGUGUGGCAUCGACCUCCUGCAGCUGAACAACGGUUCUUUCUUGGUGUGCGAGGCCAACGCCAACGUGGGCUUUAUCGCCUUUGACCAGGCAUGCGGGCUAGACGUGGCAGGGAUCAUAGCGGACUACGCACUUUCGCUCCUGCCCAACCGGCUUAGCCGCAAGAUGUCUCUGCUCUCCGUGGUGUCCAGCGCCAGCGAGACCAGCAGCGAGCCCGAAGUGUGCCUCCCUCCGGAGGUAUGCCUACCUCCAGGAGUGUGCCGGCCCGUCCCAGCAUGUGCCAUCCCCGAUGCCGUCAGCACCAUGAGCACCAGCUCGACGUCCAGCGAGAGUGAGACGGAGCUGGUCGAAAUCGCCCAGAGCGUGCCGGAUCCUGCCUACAAUAUCAACUCCCUCCUCACAAAGGACAUCAAACUGUUGACUGAAGCAUCUUCAUCUCGAGACAGUAUGAGUAUAGAACAGCAGGAGGCUGCAGCACCCCGUUUCAGGCAGGAGUGUUUGAACCGCACCGAUGCAGUCAGGGAGUGGCAAAACUGCAGAGUCAUGUCUAAUCGUACCACAGAUUCUCUCCCAAGUAUUUAUUCACUCAUUCAGUUUAAUGCCUGCAUGGACCUGCAUGUGCAGUAUGCAGCAGCAAGCCCCAAUUUACCUGACCUGGCUGACUUUUCGCAUCUGAGCGAUAGAACAAGUAUACGUGUGAAUGAAUGCUUGUAGGCUUUGCAUACCACAACAAAUGAUUAUCUUGCCAACACUAAAUUUCAACAAGCUACCUGUUUAAAAUGUGUUUGUACUAUAAACAAUAAACGACUAUCAACCUGAA